GACUAUAACUACCAGUACUAGGCGGCGCCGUAGGCUGGCUGCCCAUCUAGACCAUCGGCGGCGAACUCUCUCCCUCCAGGCCUCCAUUGACAACCACAACCAACGUAACGAUGGAGCUCAAGUCCAGGGCCGCCGCGUGCGCGCUCCUGCUCGUGCUGCUCGUCCUCACCCACGGCGGCGGCAACGUCAGGGCCGGCGGCGGGGUGGUGGCGGCGGAGGCGCGCGUGUGCUCGGGGAAGAGCCAGCACCGCUCCUUCCCCUGCAUCUCCGACCGCCUCUGCACCCGCAACUGCGUCAACGAGGGCGGCGGCUGGACCGCCGGCUACUGUCACCGGAGGUUCUGCACCUGCCAGAAGGCCUGCUGAUCGCCGGCCGGCCGGCUGGACGGCGGCGAUCGAUCGAUCGAUCGGUCAGCUCGUUCGCUUCGCCGCACGUGCGCUGCGCUCUGCUUUGUCAGUGCAGUAUCAUGCACACGCAUGGCGCAUGUCGCGAUGUAAUAAUGAUAUGAUAUACUACUACAGCAGUAAUAAGAGCAGGACGGGCGGCGCACAAGUGUGUGCACGCGUGCAAUGACCAAAUGUUCUACCCAUCAAAAUAAAUUAUUUUCAGAAAAAAAA